UAAGGGUAUAAGAUGCCAGUUUUGGUAACCACAGACCAGUAAACUCAUUCUUUCUUAUCUCCCAACCUAAUUCACCUGGAGGAUUAUUUCUUUUAUCACUGAGCUGAGAAAGAGAAAAGCAAAUGUGUACAAAACUGCCCCGUACUUGACACACAUGACAACUGUCGCAAUUGGAUAGUCCUUGAAUAUAAAUUGGUCUUGAAUGCAAUAUGAGUUGUGAGUUUGUGUUGUGUAUGUGAGUGUAGCACAGUACACUUGAACACAAUGUACCGGUUCAAUUUAACAAAUCUACAUUUUCUUCACAAUGUUUUAGCUAUUCCUACGGAUCUGGAUUGUUUGCAAAAUGGAGAGAGCCAACACCACACUGGUGAAGGACUUUUACCUAACUGAGCUGUCAGACCUGCCAGAAGUGCGGAUUUCCCUCUUUGUGAUGGUUCUGCUGAUCUACUUGGUCACCCUGGCAGGGAACGGGGCUAUUCUCCUGGCAAUUUGGACAGAUGAUCAUCUCCAGACCCCCAUGUACCUCCUCCUCAGCAGUUUGUCUUUGCUCGACAUUCUUUGCCCAACCGUCACUGUGCCAAAAAUGCUCCACGUUUUCUUGUCACAGGACAAGAGGAUAUCUUUUGGGGGUUGCAUGCUACAAUUAUUCUUUCUGAUUGAUAUGGUGGGUACUGAAAUUUUAUUGCUAGCAGUGAUGGCCUAUGACCGCUAUGUAGCCAUAUGUAGCCCUUUACACUACACAAACAUUAUGAGUAAACGGUGUUGUGCUCAACUGACUGCUGGAACCUGGCUAACAGGCGUCAUUAAUUCCAUGAUUCAUACCUCAAUGACUUUUACAUUAUCAUUCUGUGAGCCGAAUAAAAUCAACCAAUAUUUCUGUGAUAUCCCACCAGUUAGGGCCCUUUCUUGCUCUUCAACAUAUUUCGCUGAACUAGUCCUUCUCCUUGUAGCUGGCAUUUUAGGAGGUGGUUCUUUUCUUGUCACCGUGAUUUCUUACAUCUAUAUCAUUUCUGCUAUCUUGCGUAUGCACUCCGCUGAUGGCAGGGGCAAAGCCUUUUCUACUUGUGGGUCCCACUUGACUGUAGUUUGCUUAUUCUAUGGGACUACCAUUGCUACCUAUGUCCGGCCCUCCUCAGCCUAUUCACCCAAGCAGGACAGAAUCGUUUCUAUGUUAUAUGGGAUUAUAACUCCCAUGGUGAACCCUAUGAUCUACAGUCUGAGGAAUAAGGAAGUGAAAAGAGCCUUAAAAAAGAUAAUAUCUCAAAGGAUUUUAGAUAUUGAAGCACAGAAGGAUACAGCCUUUCUGUAAAAUACAGGCUCCUUGAAAUGGUUAGGUCAUUUUAAACAAAAUUUCCAGUGGGACCUUUACUUAAAAGUUGAUAGGCCAAGACACUUAAGAAUCGCUUUUACAAGGGCCGGAUUUGAACAAAUGGAGUCUAUGGAGAGAUACAGUAGAUUCAACAAUAUCCCACCCAAAGAAAGACUCUGUAUCUGUGGGCCCCCUGAAGUUGAAAACCUGAACCACAUACUACAUAAAUGCUGUUUGCACGAAAAAUGAAAGGAAACAUUUGUGGCCUUUCAUUUGUAAGAAAACGAGCUGGGACACAGCAGCCAAA